UGGGCUGAGCUGUGGAUCAGUGGCUGUGUAUUGAACUUCCGCGAGAGUCCAUCAGCUGCACAGAGUCCCAGCACACCGCCAGCGAGCACCCCAGUCACUCUGUGUCCGAAUUACAAUGCAGUGCGUCCGGGCUUGGAGAAGUCUGAACUACCUGUGCAGGGUAGGUCACCACAGAGCAUGGAAACGAACCCAGAGCCACACAGCAGCUGCCAGGCUGGACCUCAGCGGGAUUUAUCCGCCUAUUGCCACCCCGUUCACCGCCAAGGAGGAUGUAGACUAUCAGAAACUGGAGGAAAACCUGCAGAAAUACGCCAAGAUCCCAUUUAAAGGCCUGGUGGUUCAGGGCUCCAAUGGUGAGUAUCCUUAUCUGACGGUGGAGGAGCGGGUGGAGGUGGUGAGGACGGUCAAACAAUCACUGCUGGGGGGAAGGCUGCUGAUAGCCGGAUCAGGCUGUGAAUCCACCAGAGCCACGAUCCAGCUCACGCAGAAGAUGGCAGCAGCCGGAGCCGACGCUGUGCUUGUGGUAACACCCUGCUUCUACAAGGGGAAGAUGGACAGCCGGGCACUGAUCCAUCACUUCACAAAGCUGGCGGACAGCAGCCCGGUGCCGGUGGUUCUCUACAGCGUGCCGGCAAACACGGGGCUGGAGCUGCCACUGGACGCUGUGGUGGAGCUUUCUCAGCACCCAAACAUCCUAGGUGUUAAAGACAGUGGGGGAGAUAUCACAAGGAUCGGCCUGAUUGUCCAUAAAACCAAGGCGCAGGAUUUCCAGGUUUUAGCGGGCUCGGCUGGGUUUUUAAUGGCAGCCUAUUGUGUGGGUGACUAGGAAGCUGGGAGUUCCCGCUCUGAAGCAGGCGAUGGAGUGGUUUGGUUUCCACGGUGGCUCCUGUCGAUCACCUCUUCAGCCGCUCACAGAGGCCGAGAGUCAGCAACUGAGGCGGGACUUCUCCUCCAAUGGGUGGCUGUAAAGUGACCUAGGCGGAGCGAGAGUGCAUGUGUGAGCGAGGUCACUAUGUGUGGACCUAUUAGCUGUUGGUGUAAUUAUAUCAUAAAGGGAAAACACAGCUGCCCAUGAAAAUAAAUAAAUAAAUAAAUAUUCAGUUCUAUCCACUGUUGAUAUUUAUUGAGCCAAAUCCAAAAACCUGCAAAAAACUCCCUUACAUUAAAAUAAAUGUGUAAAUCAAUUAAUCCAACUUCAAAGUUCUAUUUGGUUUUUGUUCUUCUUUUUCUUUGACCUGGACUGACAGAAAUUUUCUUGGCCAAUUCCAAUUUUUCUCCAAGUGCUCUGUACUGCGACUGAUUAACUGAAAACGAGUUGCUGUACACCCGCGUGUCCCUGAUAUAUUUUAACUUUCCACGUAAUAGCAGGUGCAGAAUAUAUUGUAUAACAAAACAAUUUUUCAAUUAUUUUGACUAUUUUGAGCCAUUACUAAUACUGAGGCUGCUAGCUUCUGGCUGAUACUGAGCUUUGUUAGCUUCUGUAAAAUGUUCAACUGGCUGAGGUUGAUUUAAGUGUCUGCUUAGGUUUGUUGUAACAAACAUUGUCGUGGUGGUCCCCCCGUGGUUUACUUUACCAGACUUUGUGUACAUAUAUAUGUACACAAUGUUAUAUAGUCUAUAAAAUCUACACCAUAAAACAUGUAGCAGCUGACAUUACAGGUAAUGGAUCAAGCCAGCAGAAGCCAAUCAGACUCAGGAAGAAAAGUGCCUCUGGCAGUGCAAGCCACCACUUUAAGGUGUUUAUACAUUAAAACACUACAAGUAUGACAAUGUACACAAACCAGAAUAAGAAGCCAGUGACAGGCAAUUAGCUGCUGAUCUUUCCUGUUGUUUUUAUCAUGUGAUCAGUUAUUUAUUUUCAUAUUUUGUUCCACUAAAGCAAGAGGACAAGUGGACGUAAUAAGAGAUUCCAAACUAGGGACACUUUUUAUCAAGUGCUUCUUAACCUCAGUCUUACACAGGGAAAAACAAUACCCUCAUAUUUUAGCCUGUAACUGUUAUUUUUCUUCUUUCAAGGAGGUUUUGUGAUUACUCUGUCUGGUUUGUUUUUUUGUCCAUUUGUUAGAGUUGUUGCACAAAAAUUAUUUCCAUGAAAAUCCUGCCAGGGGUCGCUCGAUGCAACUUAUGGAUCCCUUCAAAUCUUUACGUAUUAAAUUGAAAUAGGAAAUAUGUCAGCCAUUGUCUUAAUGUUCCCAAGAUACCAAUAACUGACCUGGAUUGGUUCAUAGCGAGGAGUGGCUUUUCAGCCUAGUGUAAAAAGUAGAUUUGUGUAUAAUUGGCGUGUAAUGCAUUUGGCAGAUCAUGACCUGUUUGACUUAAGCUUUGAAAUGUGGGACUUGGACCUGGAACUCUUUAGUCAAGACUCAUGUGUAACUUAGGAAACAAUUACUUUGUCUAAUCGUUAGUGGAUGCAUAAAAAUACAGAAUUUGUAGUCUCACAGCAGUAGACAGUAAAUGGAAAUCACCUGACAGUGGAGUAAAUAUGAGUUAUUUAAUCACAGUAUUGUCUGUUUUGUCAUUAGAAAUACAGUGGUCUCACAGGGCAUGCAUUUUAUACUUUGGACAUUUGCACCUACUGCAAUGGCAGAAAGUCAUUUGUAUGCAUCAGCCUCAUUAGUUUAAGAUGCCCUGUAACCUAAAGGUAAUUGUCAUGUAAUUACAGCACAGCCUUGGCAUGCUUUGACCUCAGGAGAUGUCUUAUUAUUCAGAAUACCUCUGUAGAGCUAUUGUAUGGAAACUAAAAGUACAGCCAGGCCACUUGUAACCUCAGGCUGAAUAACACUGAAGCCUCCCAAGGUCUUUGAAAAAUAAAAAAUUUGGAACAGAAAAACUAUCACAUCAUUUGCUCUUAUUUAAAUCAGUCAUGCAUGUUCAGUGUGUUUGUGUGUGUGUGUAUAAAAUAUCUCACUGGGGAAUGAUGCCCAUACUGUUUUUUCACUCAUUUCCUGUGCUGAUAUUUAUCUAAUAUUAGAAAAAACAAACAGGCAUUCUAGAGCAAAUGUGCCCCGUGCCCUUCCUUGGCCAGACAGCACUGAAUGAUGUGUUCAUGCAUGUCUGAGAUUAGGUCUGGCCACCAAAAAGCCAAAGAAAAGUUCCUCAUCUCAAAUAUAGAUUUGAUAAAUGUUUUCAGAAAGACCUGAGAUCAGCUAGAGUUCAGUGGGAGGCAGAGCUGCAGGUCAUGGUCACAGUUUGCUGCAGAAUACCAGAGCGCUCUUUGAUGUGAAAAAGUUAAAAACCAUAAUUACUGUAAUUAAAGCCGUGUAGCAGGUAGCCAUGGCAAUGAGAGCCUUUGGCUUUGUCACAUAGCACUUUUUUGCUUUUAUCUUACCAUGAGUCCAAUUAGCACCUUUCUUAGCAGGAGAUAUUUUCAGAAAUACUUACAGGACCAUAAAAAAAAGGAGGAUAUGUUGUGUUUUCUUCUGUUCCUGUGCGACAAGGACACAGUACAGAUGGAAAGCUCUGAGUAUAAACAGUUUUGAUUAAAUCACCUGCCACUCAGUUUUAAGGACAUCUGUCUUACAAGCACAGUUGUAGUUUAUAAGUAAUGUUUAACCCUUGGUCUGAAAAUUUUCACUGUUUGAGAAACUUUGAAAUUUUUUUUUGAAAAUACACUGCUUCACUGUGACAGACCUUUGUUACUGUGAUUAUUUGGCUUUGUCAAAUAUUGGAAGCAUUCAGAGCUAUUGAAGACACCGUGUCCUUUAUUUGGGAGAAUGUCUCCGCAUAAUGACAUGUGACAUUUUUUUGUGUAAUACGAGAAUGUUCAGUGACUACGUGUGCCUUGUCUGUAAGACUGCAGAAAGUAAUUUCCUUUAGAGUACAUGGCCUUAUAACAAAUUCUUUCUUCGUGGCAGGAGUGAAAGAUAAAAAUCCAGAUUUUGUGAAUAAAAGUGUACUUUAGUGUCA